AUGAAACAAAAAACUUCUUUCAGUCUGUUGCGAUAUUUCACGGUGGUUGUGUGGGCAGGAGGGUUUUUUGAAAAAAUACAUUGAUGUUGGAUAUACAGUUAUUUCUUUUUGGUGACCUAUGAUAAAUUACAUUUAAUAAAAUUAAGCGAUAAACAUUAAACGGAGUACUUUUGUUUCAAUUUUUUAUAUUUUUAUAAUACUCAUUUUUCAAUAUAAAAAGUUAUUCAAAGAAUAUCAAAACGUUAACAUAUUUUUAAACAACCGCAUGACAUUCGUAACGGUUGUGUUUGUGAGACUUAAGGCGAUACUUACGGUAGGGACUCAAAAGUAUGGCAACGAUUAUAAAAUCUAUAGUGAGACUAUAUCAUUAUGUUAAUGAUGAAGUAUCAGAUCCAAGAACGAGAGAUUGGUUUUUAAUGCCUACACCAUGGCCAGGUUUCGCUAUACUCGGAUUUUACUUAUACUUUGUAUUCACUUUAGGCCCAAGACUUAUGGCCAAUAGGCCACCAUUUAAAUUAGAUAGAGUAAUGCAGAUUUAUAAUGUAAUACAAAUAUUUUUAAGUGGAUAUCUUGUGUAUAAGGCUUUGUCACUUGCAUGGCUUAGAACAUACAGUUUUGUUUGCCAACCUGUUGACUAUUCAAAUGAUCCGCGAGCGAUUGAGAUUGCUCGAACAGUGUGGAUUUAUUUCAUGGUUAAAUUAUUUGAUUUAAUGGACACAGUUUUCUUCGUUUUGCGAAAAAAACAAAACCAAGUUUCUUUCCUUCACGUUUAUCAUCAUGCAGGAAUGGUUAUGGGUGCCUGGGGUGGAGUUAAAUUUUUACCAGGCGGCCACGUCACAUUUUUAGGCCUAAUCAAUUCUUUCGUACACGUAAUUAUGUAUGGUCAUUAUUUAGCUACGUCAUUGAAAAUAAGCAAGCCUUGGUGGAAAAAGUACAUAACCCAACUUCAGCUCACUCAAUUCUUUUUACUUUUGAUUCAUUUUUCUCAAUUAAUCUGGACUCGAGAUUGUGGUUUCCCUCUUUGGCCGGCAGCGAUAUUCAUUCCACAAAACCUUUUCAUGAUGGUGUUAUUUGGAGAUUUUUACUAUAAAACAUAUGUGAAAAAACCACAAUCUAAAUCUGAUCAAAAUGGUAUUACUCAAAAAACAGUUAAUGGUAAUACAAAAAGCCAAUAAUCGAAGCUCACCAAUAAUCUAUUGCUAUUUUGAAUUGUGAAUAGAUUUUCAGUAUCAUAAAUUUAAUCAUUAUCAUAUAUAAAUAUAUAUCAAAAAAUAAUAAAAUAAAUCAUUUCAACAUUCAAAGCUGGACGAAAAUUAAAAAAAAAAAAAUUAAACUGCGCAAUCUAGCUCCCGUGUAAAAAAAAUUGUUAAAAAAAGAUUAAAAAACUGUUUACUAGUCUAAACUUCAAAACGUGACACAACGACGAACUUUUUUUGAACGUUUUUUAAACUUUUGAAAAUUCCGGGGAAAAAUCAUAAAUGUCCUAAUAUUAUUAAGAUAAGAUAAAACGAAAAAUGGUCAAAAAUAGUUCGAAAUCCAUUUUUUCUGAACGAAUUGUGUACUGAAAAAUGUUAAUUUGUAGUAUUAAGUCAAUUUUUUUUUUCUGUGCAUUUUUAGAAGUUUGAAAAUAUUUGAAAAAAGGUCGUCAUGGUGUCAAGUUUUGAAGUUUAGAAUAGUCAACACUUUUUUAACCUUUUUUCAACAAUUUUUUUUACACGGGCUCUUCAUGACACAUUAUCAUUCAUCAAAUCCAUUGUGCAAAACUAAACACUUUCUUCGAUUAUUUUUGAAGUAUGAUUUUUUUGUCUGUAUUUUAUUUGAAAUCUUCCAAUAUUCCCAAUUGUAAAAUGUUCCAAAAUUUAUUUUUAUUGGUUUUUUUAUAAAUAAUUACACGUAAACAAAAUCAUGUUUUUUCAUCUAUUGUAAUCUGACAAAAGUGUAUUUAAAAAAAGAGACCAUGAAAUAUAUUUUAACUAGGAGGUUUAGGUUA